AUGCCGAUCGAAGAAGAAGAGGUGUCUAAAGAUGUAGAGGCUGCAGAAACAUUACUGAUUAUGAAAAGCUCAAAGCCAACGAGGGAAGAGUAUCAGAGACUUCGGUUAUGUAUGCUUAAUCAUGCGGAGUGGAGAAUGUCUUUUCGAAGAAACGAAAGCUCGAGCUCGACGACGAUUGCUACUGAGAACGGCAAUCUAAGAAGGCAAAAGGCAGUACAAAACCUUUUUAAGUUUCCCAAGGUAAGAAACCCGACGCCAGAGUGGCUGAUCAGGUUGAUGAGAGAAAAGAAAGAUGGAGACGAGGAAGACAAUUCAAAGAAGAUCAUAGAUAAAGAAUUGACCGAUACGGAUGUGAUUGCAAACAACAAUCGUCUCUCGUUACCUGUCAGUGAGAUUGUGGAGUUGGAUUUCUUGAACCCCGCGGAAGAAUUUAUCAUUGAAAAUGAUGCCAAUAAGCCUCGUAAAGUAGGAGUAAACGCGAUACUCUUGGCUACUUAUCGAAAUGAAGUUAAGGAAUAUAUCAUGAGAUUGAAAUUAUGGAUGAUGGGGGACUGUCCUGUAUACAAUUUGGUUACAAAGUGGAAUCAAGUGGUUAAAGAUUUGAGUCUAGAGAGUGAAGAUCAGAUCAGCGUCUGGUCUUUCCGCUCUGAAGACCAACUCUAUUUCGUUAUCGUUCCUUUUCUCCGCCAAGUGAUUCUGGGACGAUAA